UGCGAUAGAAGUGAUAUUCGACGAUAGAGAGCAAGGCAGUCUGCACGUGUGGAGAGCAGAAUGAACCCUAAACCGGAAACAGCACGUCGUCAACAAAAAAGUAAACACUCGUGUCUGCACACCCACACCCACUACACAACACCACCACCACAGCACAUCAACAAAAAUGCACCGCGCCUCAAUAUCCAACCCACAAUCCAUGAGCAGCAGCGGCGGCUUCCACUCCCGCGCAUCAAUCGAGCCAACGAGCAUGCGACCCCGGCAGAUGUCGCAUCUGCACUCGCAGCUGGCGCAGUUACAAGCCAACCUGAGUGAUCUCGAGAGUCUGCUGCGCGUUACGGCCGGGUCUUUGUAUGUAUUUUUAUUUUUGAAAAGGGAAGAGAGAGAGGGGAGAGAGGGGGCUAAUGAUGAUGAUGCAGGUUUAUGGCGGCAGGACGCGUGUUUGAGCGGGAUGCGAUGGCGGAGCAGCAGCAACCCCAGCAGCAGCAGCAGAGACAGGAAAGCAGUAUUGUUGAUACGUCGACGUCGUCUGUUGUUUAGAGUAUGAGAGUAUGAGGAGAGGGUGUUUGCUAUAGUUACAGGUUUAUAUAUGACGAGGUUGUGGAUUUGCUCACGGCGUUUGUUUGUUUGUGUAUGCUGUGUUUUGUUUGUUGGAUUGUUUCACUGCUCUAUGUUUUUCUAAAUCUACGCUACGGUUCU